AUGAAAGCUCUUUUUGUCUCUUCUCCAGGAAAGAUAAUUCUUUUUGGUGAACAUGCUGUUGUUUAUGGAAAAGCUGCAAUUGCUGCGUCUGUUUCUCUGAGAACAUAUUUAAUGAUAUUUUCUCAUGAAUCAGAAGAAUCUAUUGUGUGUAUUAAGUUUCCUGAUAUUAAUUUAGAGAAAUCAUGGAAACAAGAUGAUUUUCCUUGGAAUGAGUUUUCUUUGCAAGACCCUCUUUCACCCCCUUUAGAACUUAAUAAAGCGCAUAUUUCUCGUUUAAUGUAUUUUGUUAAAGACCAAUCAUCAUUUUGUUCCAAAGCAAUUUUGGCGUUUCUGUAUAUGUAUAUGAAUUUGUCAAAAUAUAAUAAAUCAAAAUCUUUUACAUUUAUUUUAAGAUCUGCAAUACCUAUAGGGUCUGGUCUUGGAUCUAGUGCAUCAUUAUCUGUUUGUUUAGCUACUGGUUUGCUUUUAUUUAAUGGGCAUAUUAAUCCUCCUAAUGGCACAUUGUCAGAUAAGAAAGCUUUGUUUAUAAUUAAUUCAUGGGCAUUUAAUGGUGAAAUGUGUAUUCAUGAAAAUCCAAGUGGGAUUGACAAUAUUGUUUCAAGUGAAGGUAAUGUUGUUUUUUUUCGAAAAAUAAAUACAAAACCUUCAUUUAUUUCCGAAAUAUUGCAUGGUUUUCCUACUUUACCCUUAUUAUUAGUUAAUACUUUACAAACUCGGUCAACAUCUGAUUUAGUUAAUAAUGUUAAAAGUCUUUAUCAAAAUUAUAAAGAUAUUGUAUCAUGUAUUUUUAAUUCUAUAGAUCAUAUUUCUAUGAAUUUUAAAUUGCUAUAUGAAGAGAGUCAGAAAUAUGGAAAUUGUCAUUUAGAUCAUCAACAAAUUGGGACUUUAAUGCGUAUUAAUCAUAAUCUUUUGUGCGCUCUUGGCGUAGGUCAUGAAAAAUUUGAAAAGAUUGUUAAAAUUGUGAAUGACUAUGAUAUUGGGUGGACUAAGUUAACAGGCGCAGGCGGGGGUGGUUGCGUUGUAAUACUAUUACGAGAAGGUUUAAAUGAUUAUGAUAUUCAUAAAUUUCAGUUAGAAUUAGUUUCUAAUGGGUUUGAUGUAUAUAAAGUUACACUUGGUGAUAAAGGCGUAGGGAUGUUUAAUUGCGAUGAUGAUUUGUAUAGAAAAUUUAUAGAGGUUAAAAAUAGAAAAGAAUUUAUGGAUUUUUUAGAACUUGAGGAAACAAAGCAUUGGAAAUAUUGGACAUAA